CGGACAGGAAGCGUCUCGGAGACAGUCGGCGACCGGAUGGCUCUAGGUGAGACAGAAGCCAAACAGGAGGAGGAAGUGGAGGGGUCAGCUUUUGAAAUACUUCAAUCAUGACGAAAAGAGAAGCAGAGGAGCUGAUAGAAAUUGAGACUGAUGGAACAGAGAAACCAGAGUGCCCAGAAGAAAGCAUUGUUGAACAAACCUACACUCCAGCUGAAUGUGUAAGCCAGGCCAUAGACAUCAAUGAGCCAAUAGGCAAUUUAAAGAAACUACUAGAACCAAGACUGCAGUGUUCUUUGGAUGCUCGUGAAAUUUGCCUGCAAGAUAUCCAGCUGGAUCCAGAACGAAGUUUAUUUGACCAAGGAGUAAAGACAGAUGGACCUGUACAGCUUAGUGUACAGGUAAUUUCUUACCAAGGAAUUGAACCAGAGCUAAACAUCCUGGAAAUAGUUAAACCUGCGGAAACAGUUGAAGUAGGUAUUGAUCCAGAUGCCGAAGCAGAAGCACAUCUUGUUGAGGAAACUCAAGUGAUAACUCUUGAUGGCAUAAAACACAUUACAACCAUUUCAGGUGAAACCUCAGGACAAGUGACGAGAUGGGCUGCUGCUCUGGAAGGUUAUAGGACAAAGCAAGAACGUCUUGGGGUACCCUGUGAUCCCAUACAGUGGUGCACAGACCAAGUCCUGCACUGGGGGGUUUGGGUAAUGAAGGAAUUCAGCAUGACCGAUAUAGACCUCACUACGCUGAAUAUUUCCGGAAGAGAACUCUGUAGUCUCAACCAAGAAGAUUUUUUUCAGCGGGUUCCUCGGGAAGAAAUUCUCUGGAGUCAUCUGGAACUUCUUCGAAAAUAUGUAUUGGCAAGCCAAGAACAACAGAUGAAUGAGAUAGCUACAGUUGAUCAACCUGUGCAAAUUAUUCCAGCAUCAGUGCAGUCUGCUACACCAACAGCCAUUAAAGCUAUAAAUAGUAGUGCAAAGGCAGCUAAAGUACAAAGAGCUCCAAGGAUUUCAGGAGAAGAUAGAAGUUCACCUGGGAACAGAACAGGAAACAACGGCCAAAUCCAACUGUGGCAGUUUUUGCUAGAACUUCUUACUGACAAGGAUGCUCGAGACUGCAUUUCUUGGGUUGGUGAUGAAGGAGAACUUAAGCUAAAUCAGCCCGAACUGGUUGCAUAAAAAUGGGGAAAACGUAAAAAUAAACCUACAAUGAACUAUGAGAAACUUAGUCGUGCAUUAAGGUAUUAUUAUGAUGGGGACAUGAUUUAUAAAGUUCAAGGCAAGAGAUUUGUAUACAAGUUUGUCUGUGACUUGAAGACUCUUAUUGGAUACAGUGCAGCAGAGUUGAACCAUUUGGUCACAGAAUGUGAACAGAAGAAACUUGCAAAGAUGCAACUCCAUGGAAUUGCCCAGCCAGUCACAGCAGUAGCCCUGGCUACUGCGUCUCUGCAAACAGAAAAGGAUAAUUGAGCCCAGGACCUUUUGGGAGUCCAAGGUCUUGCUUAAAUGUUAGAGCAAGUAUUGCUCUUACCUUUAUUACUGAAUUUGAAUCUUCUUUUAUUUC